AUGAGCCACCAGCAGACUCAGUUGAAACUAUUAGAGAAUGGGCUGAUGAGCGCUCUAAUGGGAAAUAUAGAUGAUGAGCCACCGGCAGACUCAGUAGAAACUAUUAGAGAAUGGGCUGAUGAGCGCUCUAAAUGGAAGUUGGAUAUAGAUGAUGAGCCACCAGCAGACUCAGUAGAAACUAUUGGAGAAUGUGCUGAUGAGCGCUCUAAUGAGAAGUUGGAUAUAGAUGAUGAGCCACCGGCAGACUCAGUAGAAACAAUUGGAGAAUGGGCUGAUGAGUGCUCUAAUGAGAAGUUGGAUAUAGAUGAUGAGCCACCAGCAGACUCAGUAGAAACUAUUGGAGAAUGUGCUGAUGAGCGCUCUAAUGGGAAGUUGGAUAUAGAUGAUGAGCCACCUCCAGACUCAGUAGAAACUAUUAGAGAAUGGGCUGAUGAGCGCUCUAAUGGGAAGUUGGAUAUAGAUGAUGAGCCACCACCAGACUCAGUAGAAAUUAUUAGAGAAUGGGCUGAUGAGCGCUCUAAUGGGAAGUUGGAUAUAGAUGAUGAGCCACCGGCGGACUCAUUGGAUAUAGAUGAUGAGCCACCGGCAGACUCAGUAGAAACUAUUGGAGAAUGGGCUGAUGUGUGCUCUAAUGAGAAGUUGGAUAUAGAUGAUGAGCCACCAGCAGACUCAGUAGAAACUAUUGGAGAAUGGGAUGAUGAGCGCUCUAAUGAGAAGUUGGAUAUAGAUGAUGAGCCACCAGCAGACCCAGUAGAAACUAUUAGAGAAUGGGCUGAUGAGCGCUCUAAUGGGAUGUUGGAUAUUGAUGAUGAGCCACCGGCAGGCUCAGUAGAAACAAUUACAGAAUGGGCUGAUGAGCGCUCUAAUGGGAAGUUGGUUAUAGAUGAUGAGCCACUGGCAGACUCAGCAAAAACUAUUAGCGAAUGGGCUGACGAGCGCUCUAAUGAGAAAUUGGAUAUAGAUGAUGAGCCACCACCAGACUCAGUAGAAACUAUUAGAGAAUGGGCUGAUGAGCGCUCUAAUGAGAAGUUGGAUAUAGAUGAUGAGCCACCAGCAGACUCAGUAGAAACUAUUAGAGAAUGGGCUGAUGAGCGCUCUAAUGAGAAGUUGGAUAUAGAUGAUGAGCCACCAGCAGACUCAGUAGAAACUAUUAGAGAAUGGGCUGAUGAGCACUCUAAUGAGAAGUUGGAUAUAGAUGAUGAUCCACCAGCAGACUCAAAAGAAACUAUUAGAGAUUUGGCUGAUGAGCGCUCUAAUGGGAAGUUGGAUAUAGAUGAUGAGCCACUGACAGAAUCAGUAGAAACUAUUAGAGAAUGGGCUGAUGAGCGCUCUAAUGAGAAGUUAGAUAUAGAUGAUGAGCCACCAGCAGACUCACGCUCUAAUGGGAAGUUAGAUAUAGAUGAUGAGCCACCGGCAGACUCAGUAGAAACUAUUAGAGAAUGGGCUGAUGAGCGCUCUAAAUGGAAGUUGGAUAUAGAUGAGGAGCCACCAGCAGACUCAGUAGAAACUAUUAGAGAAUGGGCUGAUGAGCGCUCUAAUGGGAAGUUGGAUAUAGAUGAUGAGCCACCGGCAGACUCAGUAGAAACUAUUAGACAAUGGGCUGAUGAGCGCUCUAAAUGGAAGUUGGAUAUAAUUGAUGAGCCACCAGCAGACUCAGUAGAAGCUAUUAGAGAAUGGGCUGAUGAUCGCUCUAAUGGGAUGUUGGAUAUAGAUGAUGAACCACCAGCAGACUCCUUAGAAACUAUUAGAGAAUGGGCUGUUGAGCGCUCUAAUGGGAAGUUGGAUACAGAUGAUGAGCCACUGGCAGAUUCAGUAGAAACUAUUAGAGAAUGGGCUGAUGAGCGCUCUAAUGGGAAGUUGGAUAUAGAUAAUUAG